UGUGGCGUUCUUUUUUCGUUUCGUUGACAUAGUUUUCACAUUUUAUGAUUUUGUUAAAAAUCUCCAAUUUGAUAGGUUAAAAACAAUAAAAUCAUGUGAAAAUGUUUAAAAAGUGCACCUUUUGUUAAUUAUACAUGGAUUUAGUUUGAAAUAGUUGUGUAAAAGUACAGUAAAAAGUGAAUUUAGUUUAGUCCGUUUCGCUGGUCUGGUUGCUGCUUGUUGGAUUGUCGUCGUCCGGCACCACACCACUAACACAACCAAAAGUGAAAAAAAACAAAGGAAAACGCUACACGCCAAACUGUUUCAUUCUUCCAAAUUAUUUUGAUGAAUUUGUAAUGAAAAAUCAUGGAGAACUUAAAAAUAAGUGAUAAUUUGUUUGCAAAUAUUCGCUAUUUUGUAGCUGGUAAUUUGGAUGAUGAGAUUGAAGCAUUGCUUAAAAAUGGCGGUGCCCAGGCAAAGUUCUAUGUUUCCGAUAUGGUUACCCAUCUAAUAUGUGCUCCCAAUUACUCAGAUGUUGAAUUGGUUAUGAAUUUAGAUCUAUACAAUGUUAUACCGGUUACGGAAAAAUGGAUAAUACAUAGUGUUAAAUUGGGACGUUUAGCUUCUACUGCUCCCUUUGAUCCCAGUGCAAAACGCCUAAUGAAGAAUAUGUCUGUGGCCAUAGUAAAUGUGUCGCCGAAAGAUCGAAAACGCCUGUAUGCCAUGUUGACUUAUCAUGGCGCACAAGUUACACCCCAUUUCAAUGGCAAAAAUACCCAUUUAAUAUCAGGCUUAACCGGUGGUCCAGUGUAUACGAAAGCAAGCGCCUUGCCCAAGGGUGCCAUUAAUAUUGUAACUCCAGAUUGGGUAGUGGAAUGUUUGAAACAAAAGAAACUUUUGCCAGUUGAGCAAUAUCAUCCGAGACUGUUGAAGGUGGUUGAAAGGCCAAAGCUAACUUCGGCACAAACUUCCACUUCGUCCAAUGUGCAGUCCAAUGCAAUGGUUAGUAAACCCCAAACGGCACCAACUCCGCAGCAGCUGCCAGUACAGGCUCAAGAGGUAUCUGCGGUGCCAACGCCUCCACCUCCUCCACCGCCGGUUACAGUUGCACCACAAUCAGUGGAAUCUUCUUCUUCCACACAGACUGUGGAACAGACUUUAUCAAAUAUAUUAGAAUUUGAUGAUGAUGCUCUAAUGGAUAAGUCAACAGAGCCGUCCUCAGUCAAUGCACUCGAUGCUGCCCAAAGUAUAGCCAAUAUUAAGUCACAGUUGCAAGCUGCAGCUGCCCUGCAACAGCAAUCACAGCAACAACUCCAACAGCAACAACAGCAAACACAGCCAAGCCUUAUACCAUCGCCUUCACCGUCAUCGUCAGCAAUGAACACACCAGCAUCUUCCACUCCCACUACUCCUAAAAAUGAAGUGCCUCCAUCUACAUCACCUUUUGGGGGAAGCGGUAAUAUGGCAAUGGAUACUGCAUUGCAGACAAAUAAUUUACAACAACAGCAAAUGCAGCAGCAACAGCAGCCACCAAUUGCUCCCCAGCAAGCACACCACCAGCAACAACAAUCGCAAAUAGUUUUCGUAAGACCCCGUAAUAUAAGCCAGCAACAACAAAUACUCCAGCAGCAACAAAUUUUACAGCAACAACAACAACAGCAGCAGCAACAAAUUAUUUCCUCUCCCUCAGCUUCAACAACCAGUGCCAUUACCACUGCCGGCGGUGCUGUUGGAGCUACUCAACAAAUUAUUCUGCAACAAAAAAUAAUACCGCAUAAUAUUCAGCAGCAACAACAACAACAGCAGCAGUUGCAGUCUUCCAAUGUGCAACAAAGCAUGCAGCAGCAACAAAGUAUGCAGUUGCAGCAACAGUUAAUACAACCACCUAGAACACCCACUUCCUCAAAUCCUGAUUCCAGAACACCCACUCCCACCGGUACUCCACAGCCACCGAGGACACCACAGCCUGGAAGUGGCAGGCAGACACCACAAGCCCCACCUCGUACACCUUCAACUACCCCACAGCCUCAAACAUCUCAACAAAUGGCAGGACAAUCGCCACAACACAUUUCCCAAAUACAAAUGUCACCAUCUACGCAACCACAGCAGCAGAUAUCUGCCCCUCAGAUGCAGUCCAAUAUGCAACAACCGCAAACAGCGUCACAACAACCUCAGCCUCAGCCACAGCCACAGCAGCAAACAGUAACCAUGUCACCACAGAUGCUCCUUCAGCAUAUUCUACAACAGCAACAAAUACUACAACAACAACAAAUGCAAUUGCAACAACUAAUACAAAGUGGUCAGAGUUUGACACCCAACCAACAGGCUUUGCAAAGGCAAAUACAACACAAACAGCAGCAGUUAAUGCAACAGCAACAGCAAUUGCAACAACAGAUACAACAUCAACAGCAGCAGCAACAACAACAACAACAAAUGCAACAACAGCAAUCACCACGUGUUCACCAAAUUUCAUCUCCUGCUCCCCAAGCACCAUCACCCUCAUUAAGUACUACGCCAACUAAUACGAACACGGGAACAUCGGGAACUAUGAUGCCACCUCGUUCCCCCCGUCAAUUGCAAUCACCCGCACCACAAAUGACUCCACCACCUCCGCCUCAGUCCCCAGGUCCUGCAAUGGUUGCACCCCAACAACAGCAGCAACAGUUGAGGCAGCAGGUGCGACAAACGUCACAGCAACAGCGUCAGCAGCAACAGUCGCCGCAGCACAUGAUGUCGCCACAACCUUUCCAGCAACCGCAAAGGGUUCAACUGCAAAUGCAACAAAUGCAGCAACAGCAACAACAGCAACAGCAGCAGCAAUCGCCUCAGCAUAGGGCUUCACCCUCGGCUCCACCAUCUCCCAUAAUGCACCAACAACAAUCGAAAAUGAUAUCAAAUCAAAAGCCCAUAGAUCCUACCGAUCCAGUGCAGGUGGCUCAGAUUCUGAGUCGAUCAGCCCCAAGUCCUAAUCAUGAAUCUUUAAUAAUGCGAACGCAACAAUUAAAACAACAACAGCUGCAGCAGCAACAGCAGCAGCAGCAACUACAGCAGCAGCAACUACAGCAGCAACAACAACAACAACCACAACAGCAGCCAACCCAAACCCAAGCUCAAACUCAGCAACAACCACAGCAGGUUGCUCCGGGCAAUAAUAGUGGUGUUAGCACUGGUCAAAGGCAGGUCAUAAACACAGCCACCACCCAGGGCCAACAAAUCAUACAAAGUCAUAUGCUGCAGCAACAGCAAAAACAAAUGUUGCAAUUACAACAACAGCAGCAGCAACAACAGGCACAGCAACAGCAAAUAAUACAACAAAAAACUGGUUUGGUAUCACCCCAACAUCAAACAACCCAGCAAACCAUUAUAACCAAUCAGCAGCAAACAAUUCAACAGCAGCAGCAGCAGCAACAACAACAACAACAACCACAAGUAAUUCAACAAUCACCAAAUCAGCAACAACAAUUGCAAUUUACCGGAACAUCGCCUCAACAUCAGCAACAACAACAGCAGCAGCAACAGCUAAUUAUGCAACAACAAUUGAUGCAACCCCAAAACCAACAGCAGCAGCAGCAACAACAGUUGCAGUCUCAACCACAGCAAGUACAGCAACAACAACAACAGCAACCGCAGAGUAUAACAACCGUAACCGGACCCGGGGGUGUACGCAUUAUUCAACAAACCAUACAACCAGCACAAGCAAGCAAUUUUCAAUCGCCUCAGCAGCAACAAUUGUUACAGCAAAGACAAGUGCAACUGCAACAGCAACUUCAAAAUUCGCAACAACAACCUCAGCAGCAACACGUGCAACAGGUCCUUAGCGCAGGUGGUGGUGGUUCUCAGGUGGCUACCGGAACGCCGAAUAAGCCCAAAUAUAUUAUAAGUCAACAACAAUUCAAUCAAUUGAGUGCUCAGCAACAACAGAAAAUCUUGCAACAGAAUCAACAAAAUCAGAAUUUCAUCAUUGUUAAUCAAACGAAUGUUACACCAAUACAACAACAACAACAGCAGCAACAACCACAACAACAACAGCAACAGACAGGUGGACAACAAAUUCAACAAGUAUUGGGCCAACAACAAACUCAAAUUAUCCAACAAAUUGCCCAGAGUCCACAGCAAAUGAUGAAACAACAGCAACCACCUAUUUAUGCUCAAAGACAGCAGCAUACCUUGGUACAGCAGCAGCAACAGCCACAACAACAAAUUAUGGAUGUAGAAGGCAAUCUGUUGCAAUCACCACAACAACAGCAACGUAUUCUGUUACAACAACAUCAAGUUGUAGGUCCAAAUGCCUCGCCACAACAGCAACAGCAGGCAGGUCAUCAACAACAACAAAUUGUUAUCAACCAACAGAUAAUAAAUAAUCCUCAAAGGCUGCAAUACCUGCAACAGCAACAACAACAACAACAACUGCAAUUUCAACAAAAGUCACAAAUACAACAGCAGCAAGGAAACGCCAUAGUUGUGGGUCAAAAUCAGCCCUCUCAACAGAUUGUCCAACAACAGAUACUGCAACAAGGUAGUCCCCAACAUUCUGGCCAACAACAACAACAACAAAUAAUAAUACAGCAAACCACUAUACCACAGCAGCAUAUAUUGGCGGGGACACAAACAAUUUUGCAAAGUCCAAGUCCUCAGCAGCAGCAUCAACAUACUCAGCAGCAAAUUCUAGUUCAACAACAGCAGCAACAACAGCAGCAGCAACUCUUAGAUAGUCAACAGCAAAUACCACAAUCGCCCACACAUCAGCAACAAAUUAUAUUACAACAACAACAACAACCUACAGCUCUACAACAAACCGUGCUCAUACAACAGCAACAACAAAUACCUCAACAAACUCCACCACCACAAUCGCCUCAGCAGCAGCAGCAACAACAGCAAAUGGGACAGCAGCAGCAGAUUAUCAUACAACAAGGGGGAUCGCCACAACAACAACAACAACAGCAACAAUCCCAUUGGUCUCCACAAAGUCCGGCACAACAACCUGGUACACCAGGUUCCGUCACCGGCCUCCAAUCCCCGCUUCAAGGACAACAAUCUCAAAUACAACAAAUUAUACCUCAACAACAGCCUCAGCAGCAGCAUCAAUUUAUACGAACCGUGCGACCAGCUGGUGGCCAAUGGCAACAACAACCCGGUUUACCUCCACCCGGCGGAGCCCAGCCUCAACAACCGCAAAGGCAACUUAUACAACUCGAUGACAAAACCCAUGCCCAUUUUAUGUCAUUGGAUCCCAUCAAGAAAGCCGAGUACAUAUCAAAAUUGCAGCAAACCAAACAAAGGGUAAUGCUGCGGCAACAAGUGGCCUAUCAGCCACGACCCGGGGCGCCAAAUGUCGUAGCCAGUGCCUUGGGUACAACACCGCGACCUGCUGGUCCCACCACACAACACAUUAUAGUACAAAGUCAAAUGCCAGCGGGACUGACGCAACAACAACAAAUGCAAUGGUUGCAACAGCAGCAACGCCAGGUAGUGGUCAGAACGGCUAAUCGAGCGCCUGGCCUUACACCAAUAACCGCACAGCAACAAAUUACUGCGGGCGGUACACCAGUCAAUAUAAGCCAACAGCAAAUACAGCAGCAGCAAGUCUUCAACCCCAAUGAUCCCAAUCAGCUUCUCCAAAGACAACAAUUGCGGGUUCAACUUCAACAACAACAACAGCAGCAGCAGCAGCAAAUGGUAGCACAAAAACCCGGCCAACAAACGGUGCAGGUAAUCACGGGCCCUGGUGGUCAAGUCAUAGAGCAGCAGACCAUCAUUCAGCAACCGCAACAACAAUCUGUUGUCGUAACCAAUCAGAUGGGGCAAAGUAUACAACAACAGGUUGGACAAGCAAUACAAGGUUCACAAGGCAAUCUAACAUCAAGUUCAUCGGCCCAGACUGUGGUAAUGGCAAAUCAGGCCGCACCCAACGAGGCAACGCAAAUGCAACCGCAACAGGUCAAUAUGCCGCAUCUUAACACCAAAACUGCCUUGGUCAAGAUGUUGAGUAAUAGAGUGCAGCAGCAACAACAACAACAGCCGCAAGUGGGACCGACGAUUGUUGGCGGAGGAGUGGGUGUGGUGCAGACGGCUUCAUCAGCAAUGGCACAACAACAAACUUUAAUGCAAAUGCCAACGGAGCACAAUGCGAAUCAAAUGCAGCAACAGCAACAACAAAUGGUCCAACAACAACAACAACAACAACCUCAGAUUAUACAACAAACGCAAGUUGUAGUGGCUGGUCCACAGCAACAUCAGCAAUUGCAGCAACAGCAACAACAAACACCACAACAACAUCAGUUAAUAAUGAGCCAGCAACAAUUACCUCCAGGCAUGCUGAAUACUGUACAAUCAGGUGGCACUGUGAUUGCAGGACAACAACAGCAACAGCAAACCGUUGAAGCCAGUGCGGCUGGCACCUUACGCAUGAUGACCCAACAGCAUAAUGCCACAAUGCAGCAGCAAGUCCCUCCUCCCUCGGUUCCUGGUGCAGGCCCCAAUCAGAUUGUGAACCAGCAAGUUGGUGUUGCUGCUCCUGGUGGUGGUGUUGUGGGUGUAGUCCGUAGCCAGCAGGAAUUACUACUCUUACAACAGCAACAACAGCAGCAGCAACAACAACAGCAACAGGUACAGCAAAUGCGUAGACCCAUGCUACAGACACAAAUGUCAACGGGUGGUGGUGUAGCUGGUCCAGUAGCUGCCAACAAUAUUAUAGCCGCUGGUGUACCAGGACAACCGCAGCAAAUUGUUCAACAACAGCUGGUGGUGACUGCCGGUGGUGGUACAGUACAGCAGCAGAUUGUAGCAGCUCCUGGGCAAUUACAUGGUCCCGGAGUUAUGACUCCCGCUGGUUAUAUCCAGCAAGGACGUGUUACCCAAAUCCCCAUACCACAAAGACCCCAAUACUAUGGCCAUAAUCCCAAUUUGAAAUUGCCCCAAGAUAUGUUUCUAGUCGGUUGCACCUUCUACAUUGUCGAAGAGUAUGAAGAGACUGAUGGCGAAGAGUUGCCCAUAUGGAUGGAAACCAUACGCCAAUUCGGAGGUGAUAUUGAGAAAAUCUAUUGUCCGCGUGUUACUCAUGUUUUGUGUCGCACCCAGCGGCAUGGUGUUGUCAUGCAAGCCCUGCGCGAAUCCAAACGUUGUAUCACAGCCUACUGGUUAAGCGACAUAUGUCUGAAGAAACAACUUUUGCCACCUUGGCAACCUUUACACCUGCCCUUCCCUAGUCAAUUUGGUCAUCAGAAACCCCUGGAGAGGCACAUAAUAGCCUCAAAUGGCUAUGAGCCUGAAGAGGAGCCUCGAAUCAAACAAAUGGUACAAGAGUGUGGGGCCAUCUACACAUCAUACCUUUCGAAAAUGAACACUGUCUUGUUGUGUAAGAAACUGGAAGGUGAAAUGUAUAGCGCGGCCAAAGAAUGGAAUAUUCCUACGGUGAAUUCGCUGUGGCUAAGUGACAUAACAAUGGGAAACUUAAGCUAUAUGUCGCAGUAUGAGAAUCAAAAAUACCAGCAAUACAAUAUACAGGCACCAUUUCGCAUAGACUAUGGAUUGGUACCCCAUCUCAUGGCUGCCUGGAAGGCUCCCAUAAAUUUAACCCAGGAGGCUCAUGAACGAGUCAAACGCUUUUUAGCUGAUUCUUAUUAUGAAAAAGCGAAACGCCAAAAAAUAUCGCCAUAUCAAGAAGAAUUACCUAAAACCAUACUCUGCGUGGGAGACCCGCAAACAGCUAAGCCGCCCAAAGUUAUUUUCUCACAAGUUGCCGAUCCAGAUCCACUAAAAAGGGCUGUGCAUUCUCUGGGUGGCAUUGUGGUGGAUAAUCCUGCCGAUGCUACAUACCUUGUGAUGACACGCGAAAGUCGUACCUGCAAGCUGAUACAAGCUGUUUGCCAUGUGGACUAUGUCCUUAAAUCCCAGUGGCUGGUGGAAAGUGCUAAAGCUGGCAAAUUUCUGCCCCCAGAUCCAUAUCGUAUACACUACAUACCGGUAGAUGAAAAUCUCAAGUUCCACAUAGAUAUUGUGCUACAAUCGACAAUACGUUCAAGUCUAUUUGCCGGCCGAUAUUUCUUUGUGACACCCGAUGUUUUCCCUGCACGAUCUGAAAUUGUACGUAUGAUCGAAUCGUCUGGCGGCAAGGUAGAGGAAAAACGACGAACUGCCCAAUCCAUAGCUGAGAUACAGGGACAAUCGCCUAAUUCUUAUAUAAUUGUAACUUGUCCCAAUGAUAUGCAUUUAUGUGUGGAUUUGACACGUUUCGGCAAUCCCAAAUGUCCCAUUGUCUCAACAGAAUUUGUAAUGAGUUCGAUAUUGAAGCAAACGUUGGAAAUUGAACCCAAUAUAAUACCAUAUUUGUAUAGCAAUAAUAAUAACAAUUAUAGCGGUGUGAGUGGUGGUGUUAUUAAAACAUCUAAAUAGCCUUUGCUGAAAGGACCAAGUGAUACCGAAGAGAUGUAUGAUGAGUUUCAAAAGUUUCUUGAGUUUGAGGAAUCCCUAUUGGAGGAAGAAAGCUUUCAAAGCUUUUGAGUUAUUGUAAAUACUAUAAAAAGUAUAGACAGUUCAAAUGGCCACAUUGUAUAUAUACAUUUUAAAAAGAAGUUAGCCUGGCUCUAAUCGGCUAAGUACACAAAACACCACAAGCAACCCUUGAUUUGUUUUCUUAAAUUGGCUUAAAUUCCUAAAGAAAAAACUUAAGUCUCCAAUUAUGGGUCAUGAGACCUCUCGAGUCCCAUGUACAUACUUAUAAAUACAUACUUAUAUAUAAGUCCCACAAAGUUUUAACAUGGUUUUUUAAGAACAAGAAACAUAUAGCUUAGAACUUAUAAAAGAACAAUAGUCUAGGGUUAAGAACGCGUAUUUACAUAAUCACCUUUUUUCUCAUUGUAUAAAGAAGUAUAGAUUUCUAAAAUUUUAUACCGAAUUCACAUUCAUACCCAAGAAAUAUUAUUAAUAUUAGCCUAUAAAAUGCUUAAAAAGAAGAUAAACAUUAUCUUGUUAAAAGGAAUUAUUAAAAAAAUAAUUUUUUUUGAAUAAUUUUUUUUUUUAAUUUUCAUAUCCAUCCCCCUGCUAACGCCAGGCUUAUGAAUAUUAACCAUCUGGUCUUUAAGUAACUUUUCAUAUAAAUUUUGUUGUAUACGAUUAGAUGCUCAUUUAGAAAUUUAGAAUGAAAUGAUUUGUUUAAGUUACAUCUAAAGUUUGUACUUAUUUAAAAAAAAAUAAUCAAACAAA